AAAGGGUUGUCUCUGACUUUUUCGGAGAUGUUUUGGAUUAUAGGGGGUGGGCUUGCGUGUGAUGAGCCCACCAUCCAUGACUCGGAAGAAUGCAGACAUAGCAGAUAAGAAAUGGAAUCAGAAACUGAAGCAAAUCCACAUAAGCUUCCAACAGGAAGAACAAGCCAAGUGGUGAAGAAAAGACAGAGUGGGAAAAGCGUUGAAAGCCCAUUAACCUUUUUAAGGGUCUCUCUCUUUCUGUUUCUCUCCCUGUUUCUCUUCUUGCCUUUUCAAGCGUCUCCAAAACCACCCAAAACCAUUUUUUUUUCAUUGGAAGUUUUUUUUGGAUGGUAACUUUCUUGGGUGCCAAAAACAGAGCAAGCCUUCCGAAUAUUUUCAUGUUGAGAAUUACAAAAACCUUGAGUGGGGAACCUCUCUGUUUCUCCUUGUAAACCGCCCUUGGAUUGAAUUCUCAAGGAGAAGAAGGUCUUAGAGUCAUUUUCCUUGGUGUCUCAACUGUGUUGGGAGAGGAGGAAGAAGAGGAACUAUGGAGGUGGGAGAUGGGUCUUUUGCUCCUGUAGGUGUGUCCAAGCAGAGGGCAGACCAGUACAAAGGCGGGCUCACUACUUAUGUGGUCGUUGCUUGCCUUGUUGCUGCUGUUGGGGGUGCAAUUUUCGGCUAUGACAUUGGGGUUUCAGGAGGCGUGACAUCAAUGGAUACAUUUCUUGAAAAAUUCUUCCACACAGUCUAUUUAAAAAAGAGGCGGGCCGAAGAAGACCACUACUGCAAGUACAAUGACCAAGGCCUUGCAGCAUUUACCUCUUCACUCUACCUUGCUGGUUUGGUUGCGUCCAUUGUGGCAUCGCCUAUUACAAGGAAGUAUGGGCGUCGAGCAAGUAUAGUAUGUGGUGGGAUCAGCUUUCUUGUUGGAGCUACCCUAAAUGCUGCAGCUGUGAACUUGGCGAUGCUUCUUUCGGGUCGGAUCAUGCUUGGUAUUGGCAUUGGAUUUGGCGAUCAGGCAGUGCCACUAUAUUUGUCAGAGAUGGCGCCAGCCCAUCUCCGAGGAGCACUGAACAUGAUGUUUCAGUUAGCAACCACGACGGGGAUCUUCACAGCAAACAUGAUCAAUUACGGAACAGCAAAGCUCCCCUCAUGGGGAUGGAGGUUGUCAUUGGGCCUGGCUGCAUUACCAGCUAUCUUAAUGACAGUGGGAGGCCUACUUCUUCCUGAGACUCCCAACAGUCUAAUUGAACGGGGAUCAAGGGAGAAAGGGAGACAAGUCCUAGAAAGAAUCAGAGGUACCAACGAAGUUGAUGCAGAGUUUGAAGACAUUGUGGAUGCUAGUGAGCUUGCAAACUCAAUCAAGCAUCCUUUCAGAAACAUCCUUGAGAGAAGGAACAGGCCACAGCUGGUUAUGGCAAUCUGCAUGCCAGCUUUCCAGAUCCUCAACGGCAUCAAUUCUAUUCUCUUCUAUGCCCCAGUUCUGUUUCAGACCAUGGGAUUUGGAAAUGCUUCUCUCUACUCCUCCGCUUUGACAGGGGCCGUUCUUGUUUUAUCCACAGUGGUUUCAAUCGGAUUGGUGGAUAGAUUGGGUAGAAGAGUUUUACUGAUUUCUGGGGGAAUCCAAAUGGUCUUAUGUCAGGUGAUAGUUGCCAUAAUCCUGGGGGUCAAGUUCGGAAGCAAUGACGAGCUCUCGAAAGGCUACUCAGUAUUGGUGGUGAUUGUGAUCUGCCUCUUUGUUAUAGCUUUCGGAUGGUCGUGGGGGCCACUUGGGUGGACAGUUCCAAGUGAGAUAUUCCCACUGGAGACCCGAUCAGCAGGACAGAGCAUAACAGUGGCUGUGAACCUCCUGUUCACCUUCAUAAUAGCUCAGUGUUUCCUUUCCAUGCUUUGUUCUUUCAAGCAUGGAAUUUUCCUCUUUUUUGCUGGGUGGAUUGUUAUCAUGACCCUCUUCGUAUACUUCUUCCUACCUGAAACAAAGGGAGUUCCCAUUGAAGAAAUGAUAUUCGUGUGGAAGAAGCAUUGGUUCUGGAAGAGGAUGGUGCCUGGGACUCCAGAUGUUGACGACAUCGAUGGCCUGGGAAGCCAUUCAAUGGAGUCAGGUGAAAAGACAAAGCUAGGCAGCUGAGCUUAAUUCUUCCGAUUUCGGUGAACUUCAAAUAAUCCAUGUAGCAUAUGGCAAGCCAGGCUCCUAUCAUGAGCCAAAUAAAUUAGUCUUUGUAUAUUGUUGCAGGGUGGAGGGUUUAAUUUGGCCUACCGUGAGAGAUCCCACAUACAAAUGAGGCUUUGUUUAUAUUUUCCGCAUGAAGUAUGGAUGGCUACGGAACAGACUUGGGACGGGCCAUCUCUAUUCAAACUCCUCCUUUUAUUUAAAUUUAUUUCCAUCCUCCCCCAAAAAUGAAA